AAAUAGAAAAAGAUACCUUUCUCUGCUAUAAAUUACAUCAUCACCUUCCCAAUUAACUGCCCAAUUGUAUACAAGAGUGGAAAGGUACCAAGAACGAGAUAACUUCCAUGAUGAUGAAGAAGUGGGCAUUCCAGAGGAACUCAGAACAGAAGACUACCUCGGAGACACCCACAAGCAGCGUUCUGACUAAGCUCAUGUCAAAUCUCAAUCAAUCUGACCGCAGACCUAUCAUCCCUAUGGCCCAAGGCGAACCAUCUCUCUCCCCUUGCUUCCGUACCAUUCAGAUGACCGCAGAUGCCAUUGCUGAAGCCGUUCAUUCAGCUAAGUUUAACGGUUAUUCCCCCACAGGUGGGCUUCUCCCAGCCCGAAGGGCUGUAGCAGAGUACCUUUCUCAAGGACUUACAAAUAAGUUAUUACCAGAUGAUGUAUUCUUGACAAUGGGAUGCAAACAUGCUGCUCAAAACAUACUAACCGUUCUUAAGGGUUCAAAAUUGAAUAAUAUUCUAUUUCCCAAACCAGGCUUUCCAUAUUACGAAUUCCUUGCUCGAUCAUGCCAUUUGGAAGUCCGUCACUUUGACCUUCUUCCUGAGAAAGACUGGGAAGUUGAUCUUGAUUUAGUCGAAUCUCUUGCAGAUGAAAAUACAGUUGCCAUGGUUAUUAUUAACCCUGGAAACCCUUGUGGGAAUGUUUUCACACACCAACAUCUAAAGAAGGUUGCCGAGACUGCAAGGAAUCUUGGAAUAUUAGUGAUUUCGGAUGAAGUUUAUGAUCAUAUUGCUUUCGGGAAAAAUCCUUUUGUUUCAAUGGGAAACUUUGGAUCAGUAGUCCCAGUUGUUACACUUGGUUCCUUAUCAAAACGGUUCAUUGUUCCUGGUUGGCGACUUGGAUGGCUUGUUACCCAUGAUCCUAACAACAUUCUCAAACAACACGGAAUUAUUGAAAGCAUUAAGGGAUAUUUCCAUAUGUCCUCCAACGUGCCAACGUUUAUUCAGGGUGCGCUUCCUGAUAUACUUGGCAAAAGGGAAGACCAUAUCUCCUCGAAAAAUGUUAAUAUAAUUAGAGAAGCUGCAAAUUCUUGUUAUAAGGGAAUUAUAGACAUCCCUGGUGUAAGUUGCCCGAGCAAGCCUGAAGGGUCCAUUUUUAUUAUGGUGAAAUUGGAUAUAUCAGCGUUUAAGGACAUCAAGGAUGAUUUAGACUUUUGUGUCAAGCUCGCUAAGGAAGAAUCAGUUCUAAUCCUACCAGGGAUAAGUGUAGGACUCAAGAAUUGGCUUCGGGUAACAAUUGCUAUCGAUCCAUCAGCUCUUGAGGAUGCCAUCAAGAGGCUUAAAUCUUUUUGUGGAAGGCACUCCAAGAAAUCAAUAAGUGUUGAAUGCUGGUUGGAUCAUAUUUCAUAAUCUCCAGAGUCUCCAGUGGAGGAAAUUUGUGGAUCA